AUGCUAAACAAGAACCUCAAGAGAAGACAUUCCGCUUCUUCGUCGUCCCUCUCUUCAUCAUCAUCAGUAGGCUCUUCAAAUUCUCUAACAGACGAGGAAAAUAACUAUAACUCAAAUCGUAAUCAACAACCAAUUGCUUCGAUACAGCCCAAUAGAAAUGUAAACGUCGGAGGCUCUAUUCAUAGUGUGGUAAUGGCAAAUGCUACAGUCAUUUCUCCAAACGAUUUAAAAGCAAGUGGACAGAAGGUAUUUCAGGCCAAUCCAUCACCUGGCCAUGUACCUCAAAAGAAGAAGCGAAAAUCUCCCUCACAAAAACACACUUCAUCGGGAAUUUCACCUGCAUCAUCAUCAAAUACAAAUCACAGCCUGCCCUCCAACCACACUCACGAGCAACCACAACCACAAAAUAAUAACGAUAAUAUUCAAAAUUCAGCACUCAGGUCAAAAAUUACAAGCGAGCAAAUUGCAUAUUGUCCGUCUUGCGCCUUUAUCGGAAACAAGUCACAUUUACCUCAGUCUGUACUUUCUGUGGGUGUGGAAACAAAUUUCAAUUCUCAGACUGUUUCAUUGAAUGAAAGAUAUGAACCAAUUUAUCAUCAAUUUUUAGUGAAAUUGGUUGUAUCAAGACCGUUCAAUAGACUCAGUUUUCAUUUGAACUCAUUUGAGGCGAAGAACAGCGUUGUUUUUAAUGUAAAUAGAGAGCCUAGUCCAAUCGAAGACGGAAACAUUCAUCAUUUAGCAAUUUCUUUUUCAUCCAUUUAUUUAUCAGCUGCAGUUUUAACAGAUCCGCUAAUAUCAUCCACAAAUUUACCAUUUCUAACUGAAAAAUCUGUGAAGCCUUUUGUUCAUUUUGGAAACGUUGAUUGUCGAGGAAAUGAAAUAUUUAUUCCUCUUCAAUUUUUAUGUGAAAAUCCAGAGAAAUACUUGUAUCAACAUUACCAAAUUAUGUCAUCGAAUGCCAAUGAAUAUCAAGGAAAAUUCAUUAUUGGCGGAACGCUGGACGUUCAAGCUGUUGUUCAUUAUUCUUCACCACAAUCACCCCACGGUUCAACUAACAGUUCAUCUACGAUUUUAGGUAGUUCUGAAGUGAAAUUUACCUUUCCAUUCUCGGUGAACAAGACCACUAUUUCUCCAAAUCUUCCUAGUAAUUUACUUCAAGGCGAUUUACCUCUGAUUUACCAUGAUGUUCGUACGAACGGUAAAGGUACUCUACUCUGGUAUCCAAUACAUGUACCGUUUUUAUCUCCUGGUCUCAAAUUACUUUGUCUCCUAGCUCAUAAUUCUGCUGUUGACAAGCAUAGAGAUUUAUUUGGAAAAAUUUCAAAUGAAAGUGAGCAACGAUAUUUAAAUGUAGGAUCGCUAUUACUGGAAUUUAUUAAUGGUUUAAUGAGCGAACAAAAGAAACGGUAUUCUUACGUCUAUGAACUAAAAAAUCAACAAGUUUUCCCAAUGCAUGAAAAAAAGACAGUGAAAAUAUUAACUCACAGUAAUCUACACAAAUACAAAAUUGGAGAUGAAGGAUAUAUCACGAACCACAAUUUUUAUACGUCAGAACAUUCAGACAUUUUAUGGCAACAAAAUAAGUGUCUCGUCAAAAUAUUACAGUAUGGAGUAUGCAAAAAGUACAUUAACGGAAGCCCUUAUGAUUCUCUCUCUUCAACGAACGAAGGUGAUAAUAUUGAGAUUGUGUAUCUCAUAGAAUAUCCAACAAAACAUGGUCCAAAAACUGUUUUUAUUAUUGAAUCAGAAAUUCAAUCUAUUGCAGCUACUCCUUCAGACAUAUCUGAAGAAGAGGCUAAAACAAAAGAAAGCAAUGAAAAAUUAUACAAUGAGGCAUUGCAAGAGGUGUAUAACAUUAACACACAAGACUUGUUAAAUUUAGAGAAGAAAUAUCAACUGCAGCAGUUGAAUGAAGAACCAGAAUAUCAUCAAACAAACCACUUUAAAGGAGAUUUACAUUUACAUGGAAAUUUAUUAAUUAAGGGUCAUGUGAAAAUUGAAAGACAAGUGUCUCAGGUGGAACGAGUUAUUAUGAACAUCGAUACCAAACACCAUGAUUAUUACAUGUUGUACAUUGAUAGUAUUCCGUCCGAUGUACCCAUCAAAGUAAUGCUGUGCUUCUGUUCACGUCUUGCAAGUGAUCAUUCCGUGAAAGUGCAACCCAUUACCAUUAUUGAAACCCCUAAUCAUUUCAUUUAUCCAAAACCUGAAAAAAAGGAGUCCAUUUCUGAGGUAUGGUUCGAGUGCAGGUCAACCACGAACACUAAGGAAAAACUUGAAAGCACUACUCCACUUCCAUUUCUGUUCACACCAAACGAUGUGAAAAACACAUCAGAGCCAACCACCGAUGUACUCAUCCCAUUGUCAUGGCAGCAUUAUUUCAAAUCUUCCGCCACUCUUGAAAAAUAA